AUGAAUACGACCCACGUGGUCAGCAGAAGCAGGCGAAGGCCAGCGGAGAUAACUAUCUGGUGGAGAUCAGCAAGCCCGGAACGGUCCGUGUUCCUAAGCGGGUCUCCAGCAAGCUCCCACGGGUCACAGGCCCAUUGGUCAGCCCUCGCUUUCAUGACCACUUCAUUCCCAUAUAAGUGCGCUAAAAAUCGUACUUUUAACGUUACAGCCCCGAGUUUACAACCCGCUGACACGAGUCACAGACCACUGGCGGAGGGGGCCAUGAGCGUCCUGCUCCCCAACAUGGCGGACUUCGAUACCAUCUACGAGCUGGAGGAAGAGGAGGAGGAGGAGGAGGAGGAAGAGGGCGAGGAAUCCGAGACUGUGGUGAGGAGCCAGGAGCUGCCGCGGCCCCGGGACGCGCCCGAACCCGUGGCUGUGAGGGGCGCCGGGCACUUCACUGUGUUUGGCUUGAGCAACAAGUUUGACACAGAAUUUCCCUCUGUUCUGACAGGGAAGGUUGCCCCUGAAGAAUUCAAGACCAGCAUCAGUCGUGUGAACGGGUGCUUGAAGAAGAAUCUCCCCGUCAGUGUAAAAUGGCUUCUCUGUGGCUGUUUGUGCUGCUGCUGUACGCUGGGGUGCAGCUUGUGGCCAGUUGUGUGUCUGAACAAAAGAACUAGAAGAUCAAUUCAGAAGUUGUUAGAAUGGGAAAAUAACAGAUUAUAUCAUAAGCUUGGGUUGCACUGGAAGUUGAGCAAACGGAAAUGUGAAACCAGCAAUAUGAUGGAAUAUGUGAUACUAAUAGAAUUCUUACCAAAAUAUCCCAUAUUUCGGCCCGACUGAGGAGCAGCGUUACCUUUCAUGUUACCUGUCAUUUCCUACCUGUAGUGCCUUGUAGGGGAUGUUGGAGAGAAGAUGGUCUGCUUUGCCGUGGUUCUUUUCAAAAAUAUGUUCUUAGGCAGAAUAUCUUCUUUGCUAUGUUUAUUUUCUUUUGUUUUAAGAAGAAAACAAUUUGCACAUUUUUAUGUUCCAUAAUGAAGCUUGUACAUGCACUCUGGGUUUUUUUUAAUAUAAUAGUAAUUGAUAAAAAAUUGCCACUAACAAUAUAAUCUCAGUGCUGCUUGAAAGCCUGGCUCUGAGCACGCGGCCUUAUUAGUUUCCCACUCUGACUCAGCGGCACCGUGUUGUGUUACUGGUUCCAGCAUCACACUCCUCCUUCCAAUUCUCAGCGGAAACAGUCAAGGUCAGCUUACAAUACUCGGUAAUUCUUUUAUGAUAAUCUUCUUGCAUAAGACUUGCAAUAGAACUGGACUGGUCAUUUUCUAGAUGUGCAAAAUGGCUUGGUUUUCACAGGGGUGGGCAGCGGGAAUAUCAGUUGCUUUACACAGCAGGGUUGUAAAUAUUGAGUCAUUGCGUAAUGCAGAAUGGGGGUAUGAUGCCAAGGUUUACAAAAUGUAAUAUAGCGCCUUUUAUUUUGCCAACUGUUACGCAUAGGUGUGUUUGUUUUUGAACGAAUGACGUCUGUGAUCCUCUUUUCGAUUGUACGAGCCCAUCCACGUGCCAUGAAGUGGCAAAAGCCAUAAUGGGUUGGAUUUCGCUUAGCGAAUGAAUGAGAAAACUGCAUCCCACAUCUGUGACCACAAGAUCUGAAAGCCUCACUUUAAAUAUUUAUGUAUGUGGGAUUCAAAGAAAAGCGAACUGAGGGACGGGGGCCUGCAUUUCUCAUCAAACUGUUUUUGCAAAUCUGAGGGCUUUCUAAUGCAGUUUGAGAUCUGGCAGGGGGGCGGGGGGCGAAGGGUCUGUUCUUCAAGCAGGAAAGAAUUACAAAUCCCAGUGGGGGUGCUUUGGAUCAUUGCCAUAGACUAAAAAAGUUUUUUUUAAAAAAAACUUUAGAAGCAAGCAAUUUUAAAUCAUUUGCCUGAAUGGUUAUGAUUUCAUGGUAAUUACUGAGGCCGUUCCCCACGAUUCUAUUCCUUAAAGGUGCAAAGGUAUUGCACCCAAAUCUGAGUGGAGUGUCCUACCAAAAUGGCGUGGCAGAUUUCAAAAGCGACCAAGGAACUGUUUUCCGUAUCGUUCUGUCCCUGUAGUCCUGGGCGGAGCGGUGUCCUUGAAGGCCUGCUUGAUCGAUUCUUUUCAGAGGAUUGAUUUUGGAAACUGUGCCAGAAGAGGCUCUCGCUUGGGCACAGGCCGCAGCCGGCUGAAUCAUACUGAGCAAGUCAGGCCACUUCCAUCCAAGGAGCCUCUGACUUCAAGUGCGGGGCGGUGACGGAGAACCGGGCAGCCCAAAAACUCCUUUGCAAUAUCUUCUGCUGCAGUAUAGUGGGGACCAGAAAGUGGGCUGUUGUGAUCCUGGCCAGCAGAGGGCGCACCAAAGUGCCAAGAAAGGUCUGAACUGUGUAGCAUUGCCCCACGAUGCAGGGGAACCAAGAAACUGUUGCUCGCUGGGAGCUUUGGGUGGGCAUCAAAGUGCCUGUGGCCAUGGACGUCCUUGGAGGGUUCUUUAAACAGAUGUGAGUGAAAAAAGUCUGUAAUUUCAACAGAACGGCCAGCCUUCAAAUUGGAGUCUCCCAGUAUUAGCGUUCGCAGAUGAACUUCCUGGCCCGGAGGGGCAAAUCCCCGAUGGCAGACGACUGCCCAGUUGGCUUUUUAAAAAUGGAAUGUCAAGUAUUAAAACUGAUAAUAUGACCUUUGUAAAGUCUGGGCUGCUCUCUCUGCUCAUUCAAACUUUUUUUUUUAUAGAACGUGGCCAUUUGUGUGGCAUUUUAUGCUCUGUUAAAAUGUCCCCAGUAUUAUACAGAGGAGGGCUGGAAAAGUGAAAAUUCUUACCAAGUCUACUACAUUGCGCAAAAUAGAACAGAAUGGGUCCCCCCCCAUCAUUAUCAGUGGUGUUGAGAUAGUUAUAUAUUGCCAAUGGUGAUUAAAUAUCAUUUCUUCACCUCCUGAUUUCUUGAUGCUGCUGGAAUGAUCCCUUCCAAAUAGCACAUGAGACCAACACAGUCCCCUGGGAGAGGGACUCUCUUGAAUAGUCAUUGGUGAGAAGGACACGCAGGUGUUUGAUUCCCCUCUGUCCACUUGUAUUUUUAGCUAUAAUUUGCAGUGUUGAGAUGGUGCCGCCCUCUGGUCUUGGUAGGACAUUGUUCUGUGCUACAUUUCAAAUAAUUGCACCACUGUUGAGCCAGCCUGAACAUGAGCCGGCUUUCCUCAUUUGGGCGCUGUGUCUUAAUUGAAGGCCAGGCGCACCUUCAAAAACCAGACGGCAAUCUGAACCCUAAUUUUAAAAAGGAAUAAGAGGUUAAAGAACGGAUAGGUCUUGUGACUUCUUUAAAAACUCCACUGGUAUAAAAAUGUUGUUCAUCCUACCAAAGCGUGCAAGUGCCAGAUUCAAGACAGAUUCAAGACAGUGUGGCUACGGGAAAUAGCUUGUUGCCCAAUGAGAUGGGCAGUGUUUCCCAGACCAAUUUGUGUCUUGGCUAGUAUACAAGGAUAACAUGUAAGGCUUGUUUAUGCAGUAUGACACCUCCUUCCCCCCAAGACCCCCGUGAUUCAUCAGCAAUGGGAAACCCUUCAUUUCCUUGGGCGUUGCAAGGAAAAUAGGGUAUGGCGAUAGUGCAUCUCUGCUAUGCUUGUGGUGUAUCUAACUGCAUAGAAAGUAGCUAAGAUCCAAAAGACUCCUGCCAGUACAGUUUAUGACCUGGUUACCUGUCUCUUAAUAUCUCGGAAUAAGUUUUCCAGAAUACAGCAGGUUGCCGGCAGGCUAAAGGCAAAUGGUUUUCCCUGUUUCGAGCAGGCGCAUCUCAAAAUCAUGUGCCCCCCGGAUUUGCUAGAUGUGCGCCACUUUUCUCUUGUUUCCCCUGUGAUGCUGCAAGAGCUCCUGAGCCUCACCUCUUGGAUUUCUCCUUGCUCUGUUGCCCGCCCCCCCCGCCCCGCUGACAAGUAUGUGUUCUUUUUCAUAGAUAGCCUCACUUUGUCGAGUAGAUCUACAGAAACACACCUAGUUAACAGAGGAAGAAGUGCCUUGUGUUGUUCCAGCUAGAAAAUAGCACAGUGAGCUGGAGACCUGACCCUUGGCCGUCUAUCUCUUUGGCAGAGCGGGAAGCCCAAGCCGUUUUUUAAAUGUAGAUUCCCUACAAGGCUUGGAGCAUUUUUAGGCAUUCCACAGCAUGUCUUAGCUGUCAAGCCUUGGCAGAAGCAGACUUACGGGCUGUACCACUAUAGUCUGCAGGUGGGGGUGUUGUAUGAAUGCUCAACAGUAAAAAAAAAAAAAUUCCCUGCAUGUGGUAAUAUGCACAUGGGCAGGCAUAUUUUUUCCUGCUAUGCUAUUUUACUAUAUGCAGGACUUUUUGGCAAAUACGCGUCACAGUAGAACGGCAGUCUGCCCCCCACCCCCUGAAGUGGUACUGUGCAGAAGCAUACCAUCUUGUUCUCUCUGAUGUGGUUGGGGGUUAGGUUUUGUGCAGAGGUGGGAGACAGGGCGAUGGUGAGGCCAGCCUCAACUGGAAACAGCACUCUGCCCAUGCUCUGAUCGUCCUUCCCAACACGGACCGUCAGCAUGUCAAACUACUGUGAAGGGGGCUGCUUUGUUUCUUCUUUCUCUCCCCCCUCCACCUCCAGUCUAGUCAAUGUGCUGCGCUGUCAUACAAGCAGCAGUGUAUGUUCUCACGCAGAAGCGACAUGAACCUCCAUAUGCCAAACUGUGACUAUUGCAUCUUCGUGUCCUGACAUUGACCUAUCCCCUUAACCUGAAAACACUGCAUUGAGCAAUAAGGGGCAGGGGGGUGGAAACUGUGAUGAUAUUCCGUGUACAACCAUCUUAGUCAACAGUGUUGCAUAUAAUACGUUCCUGUUUGUGCAACUUUUGUGCAGUUUUUAUGCUUACGGUUAAAACAUUCUUUGUAACUCAUCACGUCUCCUGGUUUAAACUGUACGCAUUUUUAAUUGUCUUUAACACUUCUGUUCUGUUUACAAAGUCAAUAGCCACUUUUUCAAUAGACCUCAUGCCUUGAAGUUUUUGAAAUAAAAAAAAAUCUAAAUAA